AAUGGUGGUGCCAAAGAUGGAUUGGACAUGAACUUGGCGCCAGCCUGGCAGAAAGGAUACACCGGAAAGGGGGUGGUAGUUUCGAUUUUGGACGACGGCAUCCAGACCAACCAUCCUGACCUCGCUCAGAAUUAUGACCCUCAAGCCAGUACCGAUAUCAAUGGCAACGAUGACGAUCCCAUGCCCCAAGACAAUGGCGAUAACAAGCACGGAACCAGGUGUGCCGGAGAAGUAGCUGCGGUGGCUUACAAUCAGUUUUGUGGAAUAGGAGUUGCUUACAACGCCAGUAUCGGAGGUGUCCGGAUGCUGGACGGAGUAGUCAACGACGCUGUGGAAGCCAGAGCCUUGGGACUGAACCCUGAACAUAUCGAUAUCUACAGCGCCUCCUGGGGUCCGGAAGACGACGGCAAAACAGUAGACGGUCCCGGACCUUUGGCCAGAAGAGCCUUCAUUUACGGCGUUACCAGCGGUAGAAGAGGAAAAGGGUCCAUAUUCGUGUGGGCCUCAGGAAAUGGUGGAAGGCAUACUGACUCUUGCAACUGUGAUGGAUACACCAACAGUAUUUUUACACUCAGUAUAUCAAGUGCGACACAAGGCGGGUAUAAACCUUGGUACCUUGAAGAAUGUUCAUCAACUUUAGCAACGACUUAUAGCUCAGGUACUCCUGGACACGACAAAAGCGUUGCUACCGUAGAUAUGGAUGCUCGCCUGCGUUCUGACCAUAUUUGUACAGUGGAACAUACGGGCACUUCUGCAUCCGCCCCUUUAGCUGCUGGGAUUUGUGCCCUAGCCUUGGAGGCGAAUCCUACCCUCACGUGGAGAGACAUGCAAUUUUUGGUUGUGCUAACAUCGAGAUCGGCACCUCUGGAGAAAGAAUCAGGUUGGGUUGUUAAUGGUGUCAGGAGAAAAGUUUCACACAAAUUUGGUUACGGUCUAAUGGAUGCUGGUGCAUUGGUUACUUUGGCAGAAAAAUGGACCACUGUUCCCCCCCAACAUAUCUGCAAAAGUCAAGAAAUACUUGAAGAGAAGCAGAUCAAUUCCGCUUAUGGUACUACUCUUAACUUCUUCACGGACGUCGACGCCUGUAGUGGCACUCUUAACGAAGUUCGAUUUCUGGAACACGUGCAAUGCAAAAUAACACUUCGCUUUUUUCCACGUGGAAAUCUGAGGAUUAUGCUCACUUCUCCGAUGGGUACUACAUCGAUACUUCUUUUUGAGAGACCGCGAGACGUGGUCAGCUCGAAUUUUGACGAUUGGCCAUUCUUGAGUGUUCACUUCUGGGGUGAGAAGGCUGAAGGACGCUGGCAUUUGCAAAUCGUUAACGGAGGUAAUCGCCACGUCAACCAACCAGGAAUCUUAAAAAAAUGGCAACUCAUUUUCUAUGGCACCUCUGUGAAUCCUGUAAGACUUCGGCCUACUAAUGGUGCCCGCUCUACUCCCUGGAGAUCUCCACUGAACACAUUCUCGUUUCCCACUCAGUCACAACCUGUAACUCCAGUAACGGAUAACUUUUUUGAAGAAGAUAUAUUUAAAAAUUUUCAAGACUUUCCCGGUAUAUAUACUUUUUCUGGGUCUGAACCUGAAGCAGUCAUUAGUUCCCUUGAUGGAAAAAAUACCAAAGUUCGAGCUAACGAAAACAAUUUCAUCAACAAAGAUGAAGAUAUCAAAGAAAACUGUGAUGACCAAUGUGAUGAACAAGGAUGUUUUGGAAAAGGUCCAACAAAGUGUAUUGCUUGCAGAAAUAAAAGAAUGGAUAAAACGUGCGUAUCAACGUGUCCACCAAGAAGCUACUCUGAUCUCCAGAAUAUUUGUCAGCCAUGUCACGAAGCUUGUGAAACAUGCACAGGUCCAGAUCAAAGAAGUUGCGUCACCUGCUCACCAGGACACGUUAGAGUUGUUGAUCUUGAUAUAUGCCUCCAGCAGUGUCCCGAAGGAUAUUAUGAAAGUGAGUUACAGCUAGGAAAAUGAUGUUACUUUACAGUUAAUCCUAAUUAGGGGUUACUGAAUGGUUGUAAUCACUGGGAAGAAAUGUAUGUUUGUUCAAUUUUUCCAUCGUUGAAACCUCUUCAUAUUUUUUACAGUUGUACAUCUUGUCAUGAAUCUUGUGAAACGUGUUCUGGCAGUAAUAGUUCUCAGUGCAUCUCCUGUCCAUACAACACCUUAUGGCACGAAGGGCGCUGCAUCAAGGAGUGCCCCGCCCAUCAUUAUGCAGAUGUGGAGCAAAGAGAAUGCAUAGAGUGCCCACCAGGGUGCAGUGAGUGCAACAAGACCACAUGUAUCUCCUGUUUGGAUGACUGGAGGGUUAACAAUAAAGGGCGCUGUGUGUCCCAAAAUAGUGAUAAGUGCGAUAUAGAUCAAUAUUUCGACGGUGGCCUUUGCAAGCCCUGCCAUUCAACCUGUGAUUCUUGUGAUGGUCCCACAGAAAAAGCCUGCAUUUCUUGUGCUAGUCCUCUCAUCCUGCAGGGCACUCGUUGCGUUGGAAGGUGCGAUAGGGGAUUUUAUAAUGAAAGAGAUAGCCAGUUGUGCAAACCGUGUCUUCAUACUUGUUCAAAGUGUCUGGCAAAGACCAACUGCACUGAGUGCCAGAGUGGACUUCAGCUACAAAGUGGUGAAUGUCGAACUACAUGUGCAACAGGAUAUUAUAGUGACAAGGGCACUUGUUUGAGAUGUUACAUGAGCUGCAAGACUUGCAGUGGUCCCAGCCAAGAACAAUGUGUCACUUGCCCAAAUGGGUGGCAACUCGUUUCAGGAGAAUGUCGUCCUGGUUGUCCUGAAGAUUAUUAUAAGACGGAGUAUGGAUGCCAGAAAUGUCAUCAGUCUUGCAGGAAUUGUGGAGGGUGCAAAGUGCAAGAAGACAAAAGAAAAAUAAACGUCGAAGCUCUCUUAUUAUCCUCACAGCCAGUGUCAACGCUGCAAAUUAUAAAUCCAUUCAAUGUCAUCACUGGAGUGGUGGUAAUAGCUUGUUUGUGUGUCAUCAUUUUAUUCGUCAUAAUUUUUAUAAUUUUACAGAAAAAUACUAUUCAAUCACAGCAAGGACGAUAUAGUAAAGUAUCAAUCAAGAAACCGAAGGUAACAUGUAAUUACAACGUUGUGUCUGUAAGUGAUGGAGAUUCCAGCGACUCUGAUAACUCUGAAGGCAACAAAUUAAUCAAUCCUAAACCUCAAAGGACUGCAUGUUGAGACAAUGAGAAGCUAGAUUUAAAUUGUAUCUCUAGUGUAAAUAUUUUAUAAACAAAACACUGUCUUCAUUGUUUUCGUUUCACACCAAAGUUGAGCAAAAAUGCAGAGGAAGUCACAUAAUUAGUUCACUAAAUAAAUACUAGUAUUUAUUGAUGAUGAUCUCGAUUGACUUUUUCUCAUAUAGUUGCAAUAACUAUAAAACAUAAGGUUGAAAAGGCAGAGAUCACAUAUCUUCUUUUACCUAGUAACAUUGGAUGAAUUUAGACAGAGUUAUAGAGUGAAAGAUAUGAAUCUGAUUUGAAAAAUAUAUUUUUUAUUCAGCAUAUUCUUAUAAUCUAACAUUUGUUUUUAUAAUCGAUUUUAAACUAGUCGAACUAGAAUAAUUAUUUUUAUUUUUUUUAUUAACUAAAUUACUGAAGCGUUCAAGUUAUGUGUUUUCCCCUGUAGCUUGACAAGUCAUAUAAUUAUAUGUAAAAUAAAUGUGUGUAUUACCCCACAAAUAAGUAUAUAUUGUGAACAACAUGAGUUUACCAUAUUGUACCAAAAUUAUGAGUGUUUUUCCUAAAGCUACUGUAAGGUAAUGAAGACAGCUCAAUGUAAAAAAUAAUAAAUUAUAAGAUGCGAAACUUAAGUGCUCUUGAUAUUUCAUGUCGUAAGUAUAGUUAUUUUUAAAUGUACACUUUGUAUAUAAUCAAAAUAGGUAAUUGUUUGAAUGUUAUUUAACAAAUUUUACCAUUUAUACAUCCAGAGUUUAUAUUGUGUAAUUUUUGGUGAUAUAAGUGGUCCAAACUAUUCGGUUCAUUUUGAAUAUAUUUGAUUUCGCAUGUCUUCUUUGUCGCAAUUGUGUCAAAAUUCAUAAAUAUCUCUAGAAGCAUAUGAACAAUAUCCAUUUGAUUCUUUCAGAGAUCAUCAAAAAUUCCUAACAAAUUUUUUUAUUCCUGCUUAUAGUGAAUAUGCAAACAAACUGUAGAUUAAAUCCAACUUCCUCAAACAUCGCACAUGAAAUUGAGUCUCCUGUUCAAUUCUUGUUGAAAGACAUAUGAAAAACAAUUGAUGUUGCUGAAAAUGAACAAAUUUUAUUGAAAAAUUUCCUUCUUGUAAUUAAAUAUUUUUGUGGUCAGACAAAACGGUAAGUUUGUUUAUUUCCACCUAACAAUUGGUAUACUUAGAUAUUUGGUAAGACUACAAGUUUCAAUAGUAAAAUUAGUUUUUUUAAAUUUUUCUCAACAAACGAAAGAAGAGAUGUAAGAUAGUUGAUAUUUUGGUUGUCUUUUAAUCUUUAGUAAAGUUAUCAGUUUUUAUUCAAAAGGAAAACAAGUUCAACUGAAAAAUUAUAAACAAAACUACCGAGUUUUCUUGAAUUACCACAAAUUUUAAAUAUUUUUAUACUUGUGUUUAGGAUACGAACAAAUAUAAAAGUACAUCAACUUUCAAUGAACUAGUUUGUAUCCCAGCCUCGAACCAAAAAGUGUUUAUUUAGAUUUUAUAAAGGUUUACUUUUCAUAUGUUCUAAUUGAAAUUGAGUUAGAAAAUUUUUAAAUAAAUUCAUUUUAAAUGUG